UGGAAAUUAACACCGGCGGGUUGUUUUGCGCAGAGCCCUUGCGGUGUUUGUAGUUUCAGAUACUCUCGUGUGUUUAGUGGAAUAAAUCUCACAUUUAUGUCUCCAGAAUGCACUCUGAAAAUCUGCGAUGGGAAACUUUAGAUGCUUUGAAAAACUCUCCGAAAGGGAAACUCAAAUACAGUCCGGACUGGCUGGAUAAGGGAGAGGAUAUCCUGUCAGGCUGUAUUGAGGUCUCAAGUCUGUCCCCUCUAUCAGGACAGAUUCUGAAAAAACUGAGUCCUGGACCCCGAUUGAAGAGCCGCUGCUCUCUGGGUUCUUCUGUUCGUGAUACGAGUCAUUGUGUUUUAGAAGAUGUUUUAUUGUGUGGUUCGGCUCCCAUCAGCCCCAGGCUCUUUUCACCCCCCACCUCUCCACCUGCAGCUUCAAUCCUUAUUGAAGAGAAAGAUGAGAAGAACACAGAGGAUAAACAGGAUGAAACCGAUUAUUGUGCCAUCGCUGUCAGUUCUGCAGAAAGCAUCAACUCCGCUCCGGUGAUCUCCGUCCUGUCACCCAGAGCCACACAGAUGGCAGGAUGCAUCCGCAUGUGUGAAGAGAAACACAGGGCCAAAGCAAAGGUGGAGUUGAGCCUCAGGCAGGAACAGCAGGAGCGUCUCGUGGCAACAGUGGCCAGCCGAGGGUCCGAGCAGCUGAAGCGAUUGGAUGAACUCAUGGCGCUGAAGCAAAGGCAGGAGUAUCAGAGCAUGCGGGACAUGAUGGAGAAAGAGACACAGGAGAGUCUCGGCCGUCAAGAGAAACUGCGAGAGGAACAUAAACACAGAAUGAAGAUCCUGAACCUGCGCUUGAGAGAGGCGGAGCAACAGCGCCUACGGGAGGCGGAGCUUGAACGUCAGAGACAGACGGAGGGCAGAGAGAGACUCCGAGCGCUUAACGCCAUUCAAGAAGAAGUGCUGCAGCUCAACCAACUCUUACAACCAGCUUUGCCCACACAGACAGGCCCCGCCCCUGACCACGCCUCCUACAUCACCCGCGGCAACCAGCUCUGCUCACAGGUGUCUGAAGUGGUGCGAACCACUGCUGAGGGUCAGUUUCCAAACGUGGAGGACAUGAAUGUGGCGGAGCGAGCGCUACAGGUUAUGAGGUCGCUGGUCAGAUCUCUGCAUGAAGAAGUGGCACAGGCUGCAGAACGGAUGAAGAAGGAAGAGGAGGAGGAGGAGAAGAGGAAGAGGCAGGCUGAGCUAGAAGCCCAGCAAGAGGAGCAGAAGAAGAAGACUGCAGCGCUGUCCGCUAAAGAGAAGACCAAGCGUGAGGGCCUGCAGUUGAGAGCAGAUGACAGCACUUUAAAAUGGUACAUCGGGCUGCAGGAGUUUGCGAAUCAGUGUGCUCAAUCUUUUGAGGAUCUCAACAGUAAAGAUAUGCAGACGAAGAAAUUAAAAAUGGAGCUCCAAAAGGCUGCCACAAUACCCGUGAGCCAGAUCGGAUCGAGAUCAGGCUCUCAGCUGAAGGAAAUCUUUGAGAAGAUUGAUAAACUGCUGUCAGGACGCACGGUGGCGUCCGGUGGAAAGCAAGUGUGUGCUUCCCAGCAUCCACAUGGGCAAGAGUUUGUCAAUUAUAAACUUGCAGAAAAGUUUGUGAAACAAGGUGAAGAAGAAGUGGCGUCCAAUCAUUUAGCAGCAUUCCCCAUUGCUGUUGUGGCGUCAGGUGUGUGGGAACUCCAUCCCAUAGUUGGAAAACUCAUACUUGCCCACCUCCAUAAGAUGUGCCCGUAUGCCGUUCCGUACUACCCACCCAUGAAAGAAGGCAUGUCUGUUGAGGACUAUCAGAGAAUUCUGGGAUACCGUGUGGAUGACUCUAAAGUGGAGGAGCAGGACAGUUUUCUGAAGAGGAUGUCAGGAAUGAUUCGUCUGUACGCGGCGAUAAUCCAGUUAAAAUGGCCUUAUAACAAACAAGGGCCUCAUCCUCAUGGGUUAAAUCAUGGCUGGCGCUGGUUGGCACAAAUUCUCAACAUGGAGCCGCUUGCUGAUGUCACAGCCACAAUUCUUUUCGACUUUCUGGAGGUUUGUGGAAAUGCCCUAAUGAAGCAAUAUCAGGGCCAGUUCUGGAAGCUGUUAUUGCUUAUUAAGGAGAAAUACUUUCCAAGAAUUGAAGCGGUCACCAGCUCUGGUCAGAUGGGCUCUGUAACCAGACUCAAGCAGUUUCUAGAGACAUCUUUAAGAACUCAGCAGAUCCCUUCUCCCAAGGGUCAGCUGGAUCCUGGCUUCUGGAGGUCCUGAUUGGUGGAGUCGCUUGUGUUAUUAACUAAUUAAAGAGAGAUGAAACUUGCUGCUGUCCAGUGGAUUAAAUAUGUGCUUACAUGAGA